CACCCUUCCCUUCCUCUCCGCUACGGUCGUUGAAGGCGCGGCGGCGGCGCGGCCUAGCCGGGAGGGCGGAUCCUCGGCCUCACGUAGCGGCUCCUGCCCGCGGAGGGCCGCCCUCCUCGGAGGGCCAUGUCCCUGGUGGCCUAUGCCAGCAGCGAAGAGGAGAGCGAUGCGGAGGAGGCCGCGGGCGAGGAGGAAGAAGCCGCCGCUCCGCCUCCUGCCGCAGCCCAGCAGCCCCCGGCCCGGGGGCUCUUCGCCACCUUGCCUCCCCCCAAAGCUUCCGUGAUGCCCCCGCUGCCCCCGCCUCACCAGCCCCUGGGCAGCGGCUUCCCCUUGCCGCCGCCCCCCCCUUUCCUUAUGGGUCCCCCGCCUGGUAUGAGGGGUUUCAGCACCCCUCCGCCGGGCAUGAGCCCGGCCCAGGCCUCGACCGUCAGCCUGCCCGAGCUGGCCGGCAGCGGGAACGGGAGCGGGGAGCAGCCCAGGCUGGGGGGGCUCCUCCUGCCUCCCCCGAGGAACGCUACCACCACGACCGCUGCCUCUACCCUCAACUUGCCCCCUCCUGUCUCGGCCUCUGGUGCUCUGCCCGGGGCUGGGGUGGAUUUGAGCCUCCCCAAGCCAAAGAAGAGGACAGAGCCGGUGCGGAUCGCAGUGCCCGAGUUGCACAAGGGAGAUUCAGAUUCAGAGGAAGAUGAACCAACAAAGAAGAAAAAUACUCUUCAGGGACGCGGCGAGGGCUCUGGCUUGUCCGCUUUGCUUCCUCAACCCAAAAAUUUGACAGUGAAAGAGACCAAUCGGUUACUUUUGCCCUACGCUUUCUCGAGGAAAGCGGGAGAAAAUGCCUCCGACUCAAAGCCUGCUAAGGGCCCGACCUCUUCCUCCAAAGCAAAACCUCUGUCCAAGCCAGCAGUGCCCACUACUCCUUCUCCAUCUGCCAUCAAAGCUGCUGCGAAGAGCGCUGCCCUGCAGGUAACGAAGCAGAUCACACAGGAAGAGGAUGACAGUGAUGAAGAGGUCGAGCCAGAGAACUACUUCUCCUUGUCUGACAGGAGCGAGCCCAGCGUUGUGGGUGCUGAGACAUACAUGUACUCUGGCACGGUGGUGUCGGAGGACCCGCCUCCUGGGACAGAGACAGAGCCCCAGUUCCAGGAUGCUGCUGCUAAUGCCCCGCUGGAAUUCAAGACAGGUGCGGGCUCCAGUGGUGCUCAGCACAGCUGGGUGCCCAAACCCGGAGAAGACUACGGCAGCCAGCCGUACAGCCAGUUCCCUGCCUACGGCGAGGCCGGUGUGGCUGGUGCAUAUUAUCAGGAUUACUACAGCAGCGGGUACUACCAGGAGAUGGAACCAGCCCAGGCACCGCCGCAGGAGAUGAGCACCGACUCCUCCUUCAUAGAUGACGAAGCGUUCAAGCGUCUGCAAGGCAAGCGGAAUCGAGGGAGGGAAGAGAUCAACUUUGUGGAUAUCAAAGGUGAUGAUCAGCUGAGUGGAGCCCAGCAGUGGCUGACCAAAUCCUUAACAGAGGAGAAGACCAUGAAAUCGUUCAGCAAGAAAAAAGGAGAUCAGCCCACGGGACAGCAAAGGAGAAAACACCAGAUCACAUACCUGAUCCAUCAGGCAAAGGAAAGAGAACUGGAACUGAAAAACACAUGGUCUGAAAACAAGCUCAGCCGACGUCAGACUCAAGCCAAAUACGGAUUCUAACACCUCUGUCCCACGUUUUGGCUGUUGUCCCAGGUGACCUACGGUGUCAGACUUCUGGCCUUCUGGAGAUCAACCAGGCCCCGUGCAGAACGCGGUCUGCUCGGCGGGUGGGAGGAUACUGCACUCCCCUGCCUGCCAGGAGAAAGGUUUAAUGCAAGCCGGUCCCGAAACUCCAUCUGUAAUUUUUCCCCUCCCUCCUUAUAAACGAUAACGUGGAAGGUUCAGACCAAACCUGUUUCAUACGACUGAUGACAGUCUGAGGCAGCUGCAGGGAAUGUGCCUGGUGCAAGGCUUGGAGCUUUCGUCCUGUAGGUACAGGGGCUACUCCUCCUUCGACGUAGCCUCACCACUGGAACCUUAGGCAGAGUCUCAAUAAACUUCCAAGUUCCACUUUGCUCCUUUCUUGGACUUGCUGUGCGUUGAGAGUGUAAUUUUUCUUUCUAAAAGACAGUGAGUUUCAAGAGCAAGACUGGUUGCCUUUUUUUUUUUUUUUUUUUUGUCCUUUUAUUUGAGAUGUCCCAAUGGCUGCUUACUCAUGUCUGAGUAAAUCCAGUGCUCCUCUCAUGCAGAUGAUUUUGAUUUUUUUUUUUUUUUUUUUUUUUUUUUUUAAGUGUGGCUGAGGUAGUGUUUUUGUUCUCAGCUCCACCGGCCUGUAUGUCUUGAACCAUGCUGAGGGGAAACUCCUUUACAGGUCAGAGCUUGCAAUAGAGGUGGAAACGCCCCGAGCGUGGAACGCACAAAAAGCAGUGAGGAUCUCUUGCCCAGUACAAGGCGCUGCUGAGGGCUUUUGGAUAAACAUGAUCAAUGUGUGUAUGUACAUUUUUCUUCCUUUUUUUCCCCUCUUUCCUCUUCCUCCUCCUCUUCCCCCUGACCCAAGGCCUACAGUGCUGUACCAGGCUGCUCCCCAGACUCCUUGAACUGAAUAUUGCCAGUGUCAUGGUGCGGUGCAGCUGGCAGUGAGCUCGGCAAGUGAAGCAGCAGUAUUUCCUCUGAGCAGACACAGAUGAAGGCUGCCAACUGUACAAUUUUAUUUUUCCUCCAGCUUGUUUGUAUCAGUUCUGUUCAAUUAAGUGUUAACUUUACCCUCCUGGCUGGGAAGAAGAAACCAUGUCCGGCCUUAACUUUUUAAAAUGAAAUCUUUCUUUUAUUCUUCUCUUGAAUGAAAUGAAAUCUCUUCUUUUAUUUAAGGUAUUAGAUCUAGGCGAUAUGACUGCAAAUCAUGUGCAGCCUUGCUGGCCAGAUCCACGUAUCUUUAGCCAAAUCUCUGUGGCCUCACUUAGUUUGUUGUUCACCAAAGCGCGUGAUGCCGAAGGGAACAGAGAGCUGGUUAUUUAACUUACAUUCCCACCACUAAGGGUUAUAUUUGUUGUAACUGCAGCUAAAACAGCUAAUAUUUGUUAUUCCAUUUAGAAAAACUCCCAAGAGGUUGUUUUUCUCUCAUGUUACCUGUUAAAAACAAGCAAACAAACCCCCAUGAAUGAAGUCUUUUCUUAGAAUAUUUUAAAAUAAUCUGAUUUCUAGUUUAGUUCCCUGGAUGUUUUAGUACUUUGCAGAGCCCAUUUUGAGUAUUUGAAUGACCAGAAUAAAGUUACUGUUGAGUAAUUUAUUCAUAUGUUAUAUGUACAGCAAAAUCCUCUGAAAAGAGAUUUGAUAAAGGAAUAAACUUUUAAAUGAACCGAA